GUUCUAAAGGAGUCUGACUGCCAAAGUGAUUGGAGUGCGGGUCACGAGGGCCCAUGGGCUCCGGAGGUCCUAUGUUUUUGGAAAGGGGGUCAGAGAAGACGUCCUUUAUAGCUGUUGCUUACUUUUUACAUUGCGCGACGCCUCCAUUUGCACGAAAGCUCUGGGUUUUUGUGGACACCGCCCACCUGAGGCUCUUCCGCUUCCCCUUUUCCCAAGCUCCGCCCCCCAGCGUCCCGUGGCUAUGACGACCGCCCCGCGGGACUCAGUAGUGUGGAAGCUCGCGGGACUUUUGCGGGAGUCGGGGGAUGCAGUUCUCUCUGGCUGUAGCACACUGAGCCUGCUAACAGCCACACUGCAGCAGCUGAACAGAGUGUUUGAAUUGUACCUAGGGCCAUGGGGCCCCGGCCAGACAGGCUUUGUGGCUCUUCCCUCCCACCCUGCAGACUCACCAGUCAUCCUCCAGCUUCAGUUCCUCUUCGAUGUGCUGCAGAAAACACUGUCACUCAAGCUGGUCCACACCCCUGGUGUUGGCCUUCCAGGGCCUAUCAAGAUUUUCCCCUUCAAGUCCCUUCGGCAGCUGGAGCUUCGAGGAGUCCCUAUCCACAGCCUGUGUGGCCUCCGCGGCAUCUACUCACAGCUGGAGACACUGGUUUGUAACAGAAGCAUCCAGGCACUAGAGGAGCUCUUGUCGGCCUGCGGUGGGGACCUCUGCUCUGCCCUCCCCUGGCUAGCUUUGCUCUCUGCCGACUUCAGCUACAAUGCACUCAGCAACUUAGACAGCUCCCUGCGACUCCUGUCCGCUCUGCGCUUCCUCAACCUGAGCCACAACCAUAUCCAGGACUGCAAAGGCUUCCUGAUGGACUUAUCUGAGCUGUACCAUUUGGACAUCUCCUAUAACCACCUGCGCUUGAUGCCAAGAAUGGGACCGUCAGGGGCUGCUCUGGGGACUCUGAUCCUGAGGGCCAAUGAGCUUCGGAGCCUUCAGGGGAACACAACAACACACCCCCUCACCCACAACAUGCCUCCACAAGGCCUUCUCUCCUCUGCCCUAGGCCUGGAGCAGCUGAAGAACCUGCGGCAUCUCGAUGUGGCCUAUAACCUUCUAGAAGGACACACAGAGCUGGCACCACUAUGGCUGCUGGCUGAGCUCCGUAAGCUCUAUCUGGAAGGUAACCCUUUGUGGUUCCACCCUGCACACCGUGCAACCACCGCUCAGUACUUGUCACCUCGGGCCAGAGAUGCUGCUCAUGGCUUCCUGCUUGAUGGCAAGGUUUUGUCCCUGAAGGAUCUUCAGCAGCCUUCAGAAUCUUCACGGCUUGGUCCCAUGACCCAACCUUUGUCCUGGCCAAUGGGGAGUACCACUGAAACCUCAGGCGGCCCUGAGCUGAGUGAUAGCCUCUCCUCAGGGGGCAUUGCGGCCCAGGCUCCACUUCGUAAGGUUAAGAGCCGAGUCCGUGUGAGGCGGGCUAGCAUCUCUGAGCCCAGUGACACAGACCCAGAACUUCGCACUCUGGACCCCUCCCCGGCUGGGUGGUUUGUGCAGCAACACCGGGAACUUGAGCUGCUGGCCAGCUUCCGGGAGCGGUUUGGCUGUGACUGGCUGCAGUAUAGGAGCCACCUGGAGACCAUGGGGAGCCCCCCUCUUGCCACCACCAAGACUUCUGCCCUUGGAACCCCUCCUCUGGAUGCCCAGAGCCUGGAGACUGCAUGCAGCCCUCCAGCCAUAGGGGAAGACACUAAGGAAUCGCCAGAGAAGGUGUCAGAGGAAGGCAGGGUGGAGCCGGAGCCCCACGAAGAAGAGAGGGAAGAACAGGAGAGAGAAGAGGGAUCGAGAGAGGCCCUGGAGGAGGAGGAGGAGCAGGAGCAGAAGGCAGUGGAAGCAGAGCUCUGUCGCCCCAUGUUGGUGUGUCCCUUGCAGGGAACUGAGGGCGUGCAAGGAAGGGAGUGCUUUCUCCGGGUCACUUCUGCCCACUUGUUUGAAGUGGGACUCCAAGCAGCCCAGACUCUGGAGCAGCUGGAGCUACAGAGCCUGGUGUCAGCUGAGCUACAGUCAGAGACCGAAAGCCAGAGAGAACCAGGGUCUGAGGGCUCAGGCCCACCCUCUGGGGCUCCAGUUCUUGUUCUGCGCUUUUCCUACAUUUGUCCCGACCGGCAGUUGCGUUGCUAUGCUGUGCUGGAGCCAGAGGCCCAUGAAGCCAUCCAGGAGCUACUUGCUGUACUGACCCCAUUCACCAGCAUGAAAGACCAGCAGCCUGGGGAGGCCAAGGACCCACAGGGGCCCAGAUUCCAGUGCCUGCGCUGUAGCUGUGAGUUCAAGCCACAGGAGCCCAGGUUGGGACUGGAGAGUGACGACGGCUGGAAGCCUCUGUUUCAAAAUACAGAAUCUCCUGUUGUGUGUCCAAACUGUGGGAGUGACCAUGUGGUUCUCCUAGCUGUGUCUGGGGAGGUCCCUAGUAGAGAGCGGAACCAGGAAGAACAAUCAUCAGAUUCUGCCUGUGACCUUGCUGACCACGGUGGCUGUCCCAGUGUGCCUGACGGCAUCCCACCUCAGGCAUCCAUAUCCCAUGGCUGCAGCAGCUGGAAUCUCAGCCCGACCCUUGGACACGCAGGUUUUCGAUCUGUGGACCACCGACUCCGGCUCUUCCUGGAUGUUGAGGUGUUCAGUGACUCCGAGGAGGAGUUCCAGUGCUGCACCAAGGUGCCGGUGGUGUUAGCAGGCCACACGAGGGAGUCUCUGUGCCUUGUGGUUGUGUCUGACCGUAUGCUUUACCUGUUGAAGGUGACAGGGCCCAUCUGCGGGCCUCCUGCUAGCUGGCUCGAGCCCACCCUGGCCAUUCCUCUGCAGGAUCUGAGUGGCAUGGAGCUUGGCCUCGCAGGCCAGAGCCUUCGUUUAGAGUGGGCAGCUGGGACUGGCCACUGUGUGCUGCUGCCCCGAGAUGCCAGGCAGUGCCGUGCCUUCCUUGAGGAGCUCACUGGGGUUUUGCAGUCUCUGCCUCGUACCCAGAGGAACUGCAUCAGUGCCACAGAGGAGACGGUGACCCCGCAGCAUCGGCUCUGGCCAUUGCUGGGGAAAGAUACUUCCGCAGAGGCGCCCCAGUUUUUCUACCUUCGGGCCUUCCUGGCUGAAGGUAAGGCGGAGUCUGCAGGCUCCUCUACCUGUCCUGUGUCCCUGUUGCUGACGUUGUCCACCUUGUACCUAUUAGAUGAAGACCCUGUAGGGUCCCAUGCAGAAUCUCCCCUCCCAGUGGGGUCUGGUGAAGCCUCUGAGCAGCCUGCUCCCCAGGGGCCAGGUCCUUCUUUGCAGGUCAGGGAGCAGCAACCACUCAGCAGUCUGAGCUCUGUGCAGCUGUAUCGCACAAGCCCCUUGGACCUGCGGCUGAUCUUCUCACGAUGAGGUGUCUCGGCUGGAGAGUUUCUGGGCACUCCGUGUUGUGUGUGGGGAGCAGCUGACAGACCUGCUGGCCUGGAUUCGGGAGCCCUGGGAAGAGUUGUUUUCCAUUGGACUCCGGACAGUAACCCAGGAGGCUCUGGACCUCGAUCGAUAAAGUGUCUUCACCGACUUCACUGACUCGCUCUAGAGUGGCACUGCCAAAGCCCUUUCUCCUGGUCUCUGGGUCUGGCUGCUUGCUGGCUGCUGUUGGCCACUGGCUUGUGAGGCUCGAAGUGACUCACAGCUUAAGAGAAGGACAAGAGAACCCAUCUGGCCCUUGGGUGAUCUGCCCAGUAGAGCAGGCUAGGUGGUCAGUGGAAAUGUUUUUCCAGCACUUUCUCUCAGGUAUCUAUAAAGCUGUUCCCAUGCCGGGUGUCCUGGGUGGUACAUAGAAAUGUCUCUCAUAAAGCCUGCCUGCCCCCUUAUUUAUCUCUUCCUGGAAGCAACCUUGUUUGCACUGAGACCCUUCUCCAGUCCUGCUCUAGCAAAGUAGGAUUACUGACACAGAUGUACCCAAGCAGGUUGUGACCUAUCCUGUGGCCUUGCAUGGGAUCACUGCCAAUCAAAUAGUUGGGCCCAUUCAGAUUUUUCAUUGUUCUUUUUGAGACAGGGUCUCACCAUGUAACAUUGGCUGGUCUAGAACUGGCUAUGUAGACCAGGCUGGCUUUGGAUUCAUGGAGACCUGACUGCCUUCUAAGUGCUGAGAUGAAUGCUGAGCCACCAACUGUGAAAAAAUUGUGAACUUCCCCUCUUCCUAAAGUUUACAUUUUAAAUAAAGACCUACAAUAAAAAGUGAGAUUCCUCAUUGCUGACUCUGGAGGUCACCUCUUGAGCCAAGCAUUGUACCUGUCCAGAAAUUUCAAUACCUAUCUUUGCACAUGUAUUCAUAUCCCCACCCCCCCAAAAAAAGAGUGGUUACUUCAGCUAUCAACCAAGAGACUGAUUCUUGAGGUUAAUUUCCACCAGGCAAUGCCCUGUCUGGUCUGCUGGGAGGGUGAGGGGGAAAUGCCAAGUCUUAGGACUGACAGGCCAACAACAAGUGCUCUUGGAAUAGCUGUCCUCCGGUACUGCCUACAGGAGACCCAGACAGGCCUGUGCCGAGGCUCACAAAAUAAUCUCACCUACUUCUCUUUUGUUCAGUGCUGCCCUGAAUUUUUAAUUGAAGUAAAUUAAAACUUCCCCAAAAUA